AUGUGCAUCGCCCUAAUAUCGACGGCUCAUCCGUCGUACAGGCUGGUUCUGAUCGACAACCGUGACGAAUACCUCAAUCGUCCAACUGAUAUUGCCCGAUGGUGGCCCGAGCCCCAUUCCCACGUCCUUGGAGGCCGGGAUAUGCACCGCGAUGUCCACGGUACCUGGCUUGGAGUCACAAAGACGGGUAAGAUUGCCGUCUUGACCAACUAUCGCGAGGACGUAACUCCGGCUCCAACAGCCGUCAGUCGCGGGGCGAUCAUCAAGAAGUUUCUCGCAGAGGACGUUGGCCCCGUGGAGGAUUUUGUUAAGAACGUUGUCAACACCGGCAUUGCAAAGGAUGCCGGCGGGUUCAGCCUGGUGUGCGGGCACAUCGGCCAGAAGCUCGCCGUUAUCUCCAACCGAGCGGAGGAUCAGAGCCAGGUUCCCUGGAUAGCUGGGGACGUGGUUCAGACGGUCGGCUUAAGCAACGCGACCUUUUCAGACCGCUCGUGGAAAAAGGUGCUCCUAGGAGAGGAGCUGAUGCUGAACACUAUUCGUCAGAGCGUCGAAAAUGGGGAAUCCGAAGACCAACUGAUCCAAAGAUUCCUAGACUUGCUCAGUCACGAAACCCUGCCUAGAGAGGGUAAAGCUGACGACGCUGGUCUCGAGGCAUAUAUAUCCGAUUUGAGACAUUCCAUAUACGUGCCUGCGUUGGGAAGGAAAGACAUGUCUGGUCUCAGGGAUGAUGAGAUCGCUGCCGCAAGAAAGCAUGAGAAGGUCGACAUUAUCGGCCACAACACACCUGUCCGAACUGGUUCUCCAGCUAUUAACGGCUCAAACAGGGCAAAGCGGCUCGGCGUCAGCGGACUUUACGGGACUCAGAAGCAGUCAAUCAUGCUGGCUGAUCACCAGGGAAAUGUUCGCUUUUUCGAAAGAACACUGUUCGACGAGAAUUCGAAUCCGGUGCCGGCGGGCAAGGGCGACGUUGAUGUGAGGUUCAAGAUCCCGAACCCAAGAAAGUCUACCGACUAG